UGGUUUGUGUGUGGCCAGUUCUCGAAGGGGGUGGCUGAAGAAGGGAAAGAAAGGAAGGGAAACAUGGCCAUGGGCUCACUUUUUGCCUUGUUGCUCAUCUGUGUUUUCACACCGUACGCAUCUCAUGCGGCAAAAUGUUCAUACAAUUCGAUGCCAAAGGUCCAGAAUGCUACUUUAGCAGCUUUCUUUCCAAAUUUACAUGCCGUCUUUGCCUGCCGUCCGAAGAAUGUGGUUCAGUCAACAUCCCUUACCAAGCAAAAGAUUCUGUGCACAACGGCAGGAUGGGAUGGGGCAAAGCCCUGUGUUUGGAAAGUACCGACAUGUACGACGCCCAGCCUGUGGAAGACGAAGUUCCCGAUGUUCGAUGAUAGGCACCCGGCAGGAUCGUACGUGAUGAUCACGUGUCCAAAGAACUAUCGUCUGGUGGAAGACUUCGCGGAUGGGAAGGUCACGUGCUUGACGGAUGGAUGGGAUGUCAUGGAACAUGACCUAGACGACGUUUGUAAACGAGACACCUGUAAAGUUCCCAACAGCUGGAAGGUAAGUGCAAGCAACUCGUUCCAAGACGAAUACUGGCCUGGCCAAAAGGUGGCAGUCCUGUGCCCGAACAACAAAAUGGCGGCCGAGGUACAGGCAAAGAGUGGAAUCGUUUCGUGCCUUCCUAAAGGAAAGUGGGAUUUAAAAGCUGAACGACUCUGCAAAGUAACUGGCAAAAGAUGCGAAAUUCCACAAAUUCUGAAAGACGCUUUUAAGAAGAGAACAUUCAGAGACAGCUACCUUAAUGGGGAAAAGGUCAUCUUUGGCAAAUGUUCGCCAGCAUAUCCAAUGACUCCUCGUCUUAUUGCUACUAACGGGGUUAUCACUUGCAGAGACGGGGUAUGGGAUGUCAAGAAGCCAUGCAAAGUGUCCUACUGCAAAGUCACAGAAGAGUGGCGACAUUUGUUCGGAUCAGAAAACCUCAACAAAAUGCCUAAAAUUAUGACAGGAGGGAAAGUUCGCAUGGAGAGUUGCGGAUCCCACCACGUCCCGUCACGGGCAAUGAUCAGGAACAAGGGAUGGAUACGUUGUUUGCCAGGGGGGAAGUGGUCCCUUACCCCGAGCGAGAUGUGUGCGAAACCACGUAACAAUCCUGAGCCGGCUGGGGCUGUACCCGCGGUUGCACUUACAAAUGGUUCGUGUGAAAUGCCUUUCCGUUGGCUCGUGAUAAUUCGGCCGCUGCACGGGACGAGGCUGCCCGCGGGCAAGCAGCUUGAUCUCAGGGCUUGCCCAAAUAAGGCUCCUGCUUUGAUAAAAGCAGGGGGAAUUAUUACCUGUAGGAAGAAUGGCACAUUAAGUCCAAAUCUAAAACAACUCUGCAACGACGUUUGCUUUGUCCCGUACGAAUGGCGUAUGAUAAUUGGUAAGAAAGUUGUCGUUCCGGCGGGACGAGGAGGUACUCUUCGAUGCCCCCGGAAUUGGAAACUUGAUCCUGAACUUACCCGAGUAGGAGGUCAGCUGACUUGUGAACGAGAUGGACAGUGGAACGUCAAGCCUGAUAUGCUUUGCCGGCCCAUUCCACCGGAUAUGAGAGCAAGGUUUGGUGGGAAAUGUCAACUACCCAAAUAUUGGCAAAGGUAUUUCAUGACCGACCAACGUUUUAUUAAUGGAGGAUUCGGACUGGCAUUCAAAUGUAGUAUGGGAAAUGCUCCCAACCCUCGCUUUAAGCAAGGAACGGUCGACUGCUUGACCUCUGGGCAUUGGAAUGUCGAUCCCAGGAACCGCCCUUGCAUUCCCCUGGGAUCUACAAAACGGCGGGUUUAUUAA